AUGGCUGCUGAGAACGAGCGGGAACCCGCUGCCCGUGGCCGUGGCCGAGGGGGGCGCGGUGGUCGGGCUGGUCGAGGCCGAGGCGGCAGAGGUGCCUCCAACAACGCUGCUCCAGGCGUUGCCAAAGCAGCAAACAACAAGUCUGGCCGCGGCGGCACUCGCAGAGGCCGAGCCAAGAGCUUCGCCGACUCUCGCGUCCAGGCCGCCUACGAACGCCAGAGAGAUCUCAAGGCCACCUACCAGACCGUCUCGUAUGCCAUCAAGAAUGCCCUGCAGGAGCUGGCCGAUCGCUCCAUCGACGAGGUCCUGCGCAACUUUGACCUCGACGACUACGAGGCUACCGCCGAGCUUCAGGAACGCCUCAAUCAGAAGCUUGCCCUCUUUGAACGCCAGUUCCAGGCCAAGACGCAGCUCGCCAAGGAGACCUACGACUCCUCCGUCUAUGUCGCGGAGCAGGAAUUUGAGCUUGGUUAUGAAGACCUUGCGGACCGGUUCCUUGAUGGCCACUUGAACCGUGCUCGCAUCAUUGGUUCGCUACGCUCCAAGGAUCUCCCAGUCGACAUCGCCGAUGACCAGUAUGAGUACAAGGUCAUCACUGAUCACCAGCUCGACACUGAAUUUGGCAUCUAUGAAUGCUACAAGGAUGGCCACCUUGUCCCUUAUCCCUCGCGGGUCGAGGGCACGGAGAUGUGGCAAAGAGCUCGGGAUGCCGAGGCUGCCACCGCCGCCGCGGCUGCGGCUGCUGCGGCUGCUUCUGGCACUCGAGGAGGAAGAGGCGGCCGCGCCCGAGGUGGUGCCAAGCGCCGCGCCCAAGAUCAGCCCGAGGGCCAGCCCGCAGUCAAGAAGACGACUCGCAGCAACUUUGAAAGCCAGCCGCUGCCCACCACCCCCAUCACUCCCGCCAAGGGUCUCCUGGCUACGGAGAUUGAAUCUCACACCGACGGUGCUCCUGUGGAGGAGGACUCUGGUCCUGUCACUCCUGAGCCCGUCAUUGCUCCCAAUGGCGCCACCACCGUUGCUGUCGCCAGAUCCGACAGCAAGCUCGGGGCUCAUGAAAGAAGCCCUCCCCUGCCCAAGAACAUCUCGGAUCCUGACGAGUACGGCUGCCGCACGUACAAUCAGAAGCCCUCGGCGAAGGAGAGGGGCGCUAACAGUCGCCUUGUCGUCCCCCGACUCUUCUCGUUUCAAGACCAUGAGAUUGGCUUCCGUGACAGCACCAACGACUCUUCCAAGGGCCACACGCACGCCAAACGAGGCAAAUAUCUCGACACCCCGGACAGCAACGGCAUGCACUUUGACUACUGGUGCAACGGCUACGACUACUCCAACACCACCCCAGCUGACUUUGACGAGGCGCUCGUCAAGAAGCAUGGACUCCAUCCCCGCUUCGGCGUCUUCCUGCCCACCAGCACCAACCAGCAAGAGCCAACCAAGCCGUACGUCAUGCCCGGCAAGCCGGUCGUCUUCAUUGCUGAGCCUUCUGGCCGCAUCUCCCACGCCUCCCGCUCCUUCCAGCGGACGGUUAAUGACCGUCGCGUGGUUGAUGAGCCGGUGAGGGUGAGGAUGAAUGCCGCCAUGCGGCGUUUCUGCAAGCUGCAAACCAUCCCCCUCGAGGAUGUCGCCGUCACCGAGUAUCUGCCCACCGAGGAGGAGCUUCGCAGUCGAUCUCUGGGCACAGCCGUCAAGGAGCUCGAGUCCAUCCCCGAGGCCGUCGAGACCUCGCCCGAGACAGAGGAGCAAGUCUCCACAGAGGAGGAGGUCACCGAGCCUCCCCAGCAAGGUGGCAACCUUGCCGCGAUGUCUGUCCUUACUUACGCGACUGCGUUUGUCGAGGCCGAGUUGAACACGCGAGCUGCGCCGCCGCCGCCUGCCCCAAAGGCCACACGAUAUGAUGCCAUUAGAGAUGUCUUCACGGAUUCGAAACCUGCCCCAGCGCCUGCUGCCGAGACGAACAGUCUCAACCUCAAUUUCCUUGCUGAGCUGUGCAACGUCGAGACUCGUCUGCGAGAGCCCGAGGGCUCUGCCACCAAGGCACAGACUACUUCUCAUGCGGCAAUGCCAGAGGCGGAAUCCGAGAUGAGGGUCCAUCGCGAGGAUGCGCCGCCCGUUGCUCCUCCGAUGAGCCAAGUCCCCAUUAGCGCGCAGCAUGUCCCCGUUGAGCCUGCUCAGGAGCAGCACCAGGCGGCAUACUACACCUACAGCGGCUAUGCCAUGCCCGAGCCUCCUCCUCGAGACGCGCCCAUGGGGCCUAUUCGACCGAUCGACCCCCCCUACGCAGGUGGUCGCAUGGCACACUAUGGCCCUGAAGGUACCAUACUUGCCCCAGCGUCGGCGCCAGUGCAGGCUCCCCCUACUCCAGUACCCGCUGCGGGUUAUGCUCAUUACUGGUCUCAGCAGGCACCUCCUCCUCCGCCGGCCGCUCUAGCUCCCGCUCCCGCUCCGUCGCCGGCUAUGAUGCAAGCGCAGGCUCCCCCGGCUCCGGGGCCCGGCGCGCCAUACUCUCAUGGCUACUGGUCUCAGCAGCCCCCGCCACCGCCGGCUCAGCUUCCCCCUCCAUCUCCAGCUAUGGCGCAGGCACAGGGGCCGCCGCCGCCGCAGCAGCAGCAGCAGCAGCAGCAGCAUUACCCGCAGCCUCCCCCUCCCCCCAGGAUGCCCUUCUCUGCUGAACCGCUGCCGCCGCAGCCACUGCCGCCUCUCCGCCCUCCUCGAGGUCGUUCUCAGCCUGUCCAAGACGACAUGCUGCGUGAUCCAAUGAUGAGGCCGGCUCCUCACGGCAUGAACAACUACUACCCCCCUGGUCCCCCACGACCCUACCACCAUGGCUACCCGGCUCCUGAGCCCCUGGGCCCCAUGCCGCCACUCGCACAGGACAGGAUCCUGCCCGCUCCCCAGCCACAGCAAUCCUACAUGGGGCCGUCUGGCCCUGGGUCUGGCUACGCGCCUCAGAUGCCUUCGCCAACCUUUGGCCACCCUCAGCCAAUGCCUGGUCCCAUGGGACAGAGUCCUCCCGGGACACCCCAAGGGGCCCCCGGCUCGAUGCACCGCCAUCGGUCUACGCCUUCGGGUUCCUCCGAUGCGGGAACCGGCAAAUAUCGCAAACUACAGCCCGCCCCAGUGCCCGCUCACCGGACAUGGUCAAGCAAGCCGGAGCUGAAGACCAUUCCGUACGAUCACAAAGAGACGGGAGCAUCGGCUGCCCUUCCGAAGUCUGGACCGACGCAAAUUAGGGCGCCUCAGGGCGUCCUCGCAAACUCUCAGGCCACGGCCCCCCUGACCACGGCUCCUCACCCCAACUGGUCUGUACGCUUUGCGGAGCCCUUUACUCUCCCGUCCUUAUUCCCGCGCACCUCGACUCCAGCUCGGCCGCGCACAAUGGCUCAGGGCAUGGAGCUCGACCCAACUCCCCCGACAUCUCUUGAGAAUUCCACCGUCUCGGUCGAGCAAGUCUCGGCCGAGCAAGCCGCUGCUCCAGCAGGGCCAACGCCCACGGAGCUAGCGCCAGCACAGCCAGCGCCCUCGCAGGCAGUGCCUUCCGAGCCAGCUGCUGUUGCAGCUCCUGUUGAUGCCUCGACCUCUGAGAAUGGCAUCACUGCGUCACGUCUUCGGCCACGAAGAGCCAAAACGCCGGCCUCUACAACCGCUGCUGCCUCUUCACAACCAGCUUCCCCCCGCCGUCGUGCGAGGCAGCCAAGCCGAGCGGCAUCGAGGAAGAAGACUACCCGAAGGGGGGCUGCUCUGGCCACUAUCCAGGCCCAGCCUCAACCCCCAGCGGAGGGCGCUUGA